AUGAAUGUUCAAAAAAAUUUGUUGCAUUAAAAGAACGAACAAAAUGCUUAAUAGAAAUACCAAAUUAGAUAUCCUAAUUAAACUGAAUUGGAUUCAUUUUUCUCUCUGGUCAUUAUAGAGCCUGAGUAGCAUGAAUUGAGACUCCCAUUAUCACUUAAGCCUCAAUAUUCUGAUUAUUUUGAGAGUAUUCUCUUCAUUAUUUUCGCUGAUAAUAUAUCUGAAUCACUCAUUAAAGAUUUUCAAGAUUAUAGUUGUGAAUCUAAUGGAUUGCCGAAAAAUGUACUAAUUCUUAACAAAACUGAAGAUUUCGGUUACUUAAGCAUAAUUCUUGGCGUAUUCAUUUAAAAGCCUAACUCUAAGAUCAAUAUAUUAUCGACAACAUCUAUGUUUUCGAAAAUAAAUAUGUUAUCAAGGACAUUUUAACAGAGUUUUCUCGACAAAAAAAUUUGUUUAUAUGAUCCAUAAACUCUUCCAAUGAUCAAAGAAGAUGAAUUUUUGCUUUAAGAGUAAGUUUACUUUUCAUUAAAUAAGGAGGAAAAUAUGCUGCUGGAACUAACUAUUCUCAAAAUUUUAAAUCAAAUCAAUCAGCUUCCAACUUCUAUUACUACUCUUAUGCUCUUUGUUUAAAGCUAAGUCAAUGAAUAAGCUAAGACUAUGCAACUAGAACAACUCGUAAACUCUGAAAAAAUAACUAUUGUUUUACUUUAUGAGUUUGUAGUGAACAAGGUUAUCAUAGUUAGUAGUGCUAUUUAUUAAACGAUCGUUUGCAGAUCUUUUACACGUAUAUCUGAAUAUGAGAAAUAUUUUUUUGAGGUCUCUUUUAACACGAGCAUACUGAUCCCACCUUAAGAUGAGAUUAAAAAUGAACCCUUAUCUUAGUAAGAAUAGCUAAAAGGAGAGUCUGACUUUCUAAGUUUGAAUACUGUGAAGCUUCUAUUGCUAAACUAAUAGCUGAAACCAGUUCCAGUUAAACCAGAUGAUUCUAGGAUUCAGAAAUAAAAUAUCAGAGUUAAUUAGGCAAGCCAUACUAUACAAUAAUAAAAUUAAAGCUGCCUUUAGACAGAGGAUAUCUCUGAAUUAAAUAAAACAUUUGUUGUCUCUUUCGUAAAGAGCAUUGUAAGCACAUUCCUAGAAACAUUUUCUAAAUCGAAUGCUAUCAAUAUCAAGAAACCAAAGAGUCUCAUUCAAUCAGUAAUCAAUUUUACUAAAAAUGAAUGCACAAGACGAUCUAAGUCCUCCAAAACAUCUGAACAAGAAAAGAAAUUCUCACUUGAAAUUUAAUAAAGUCAAUCAUUAUAGAACCUUAUUGUUUUCAACACCUUCAUCAUCCUGCACACUGAGAACUGUCUUAGAUUUUUCAUAGACAAAGACAUCCAAUACAAUCCUGAAAUAAUUGGAAUACUUGACAAAGGUAAAAUCGAUUAAAUCGUUAAAGUCCCUCGAUUAAGAUUUAAUCUAGCUUAAGGAGAUAAAUUCUUUAACUUCCCGGCAUAAAUGAUUUAAGAAUUAGAUAUUGCUCCUUAAGUAUCUACAUUCAGUAAUAAUAAAAACUUAAAUGAUAAAUCUGAAAUGAGCUAGAGUACUCAUAUCACUGAGUUUGGAUAAAGCUAGAAGCAAUUUACUACUUGCUAGACUUCAGAUUCUACAUCAUAAAAAUCUCAAGACUACAGCUAAAAAUUUUAAACAAAACUUAAUGUACCUUAGAAGACAUCUUAUCAUUAAUAAUACUAAUAAAACAUAUAGUAAUAAAAGAUAAAUCAAUCAAUAAUCGAAUCAAAUAAAUAUUAAGGAGACUAAUUAUCGCAAUAAACCUAUGGAUAUGGAGGAUCUCAGCAGCAAAGGACUCAAAAAUAUCAAAAAUAACCUUUUAGCAAGAAAAAUAAACACGAUGCACUAGAUGACAUUGAUUUUCAGUGA